CACAGCGGACCACGGAUUCUCCAGUGGAGUGAGGGGGAGAGCACUCGAAAAAGCAACUUAGCUACAUAGCUGGAUAAAUAGGUAGCUUUGCUCAGAAGUCACUUCAUCUACAACUCAAAGCUUUUUGCCCUCUCUCCAUUCCCUUUGAAGCAAACAGACGCAGCUACAUCACCAGCGAGGUUUACUGAAAUUGAGCAAUGGAUAUCUACGACCCCCAGACCCUUGGGAUAAUGGUGUUUGGUGGAUUCAUGGUGAUCUCGGCCGUCGGGAUUGUUCUUGUCUCCACCUUCUCCAUGAAGGAGACUUCUUAUGAGGAGGCCCUAGCUAAACAACGCAGAGAGUUGGGCAAAAUACAAUCUGUUCGCUCUGAGAAAAAGAAGAAGGACAAAGUGUCUGAGAAGAAGAGCCGUGGAAAGAAAAAAGACGAAAAGCCCAAUGGUAAGAUCCCAGAGCAGGAGAAAAUGGAAGUGGCUGCUGAAGCUGACACAGUCAUUGAGUCUGCCGCUGCCCCAGUCGUAGCUGCUGCUCCUGCUCCUGUCCCUGAGCCUGUCCCUGCUUUUGAGGCUAAGCCAACUGCAGCCCCACCACCAGCAGACACCCAGCCCAAGACUGCUGCUGAACCGAGCCCUGCUGCCGAGCCCUCACCUGCGCCCUCACCGAAAGAGAAGAAGAAGAAGAAGGUGGCUAAGGUUGAGCCAGCCUCAACCCAGGCAGCUCCACUUGUGUCUGCCCCUGCACCAGUCAAGUCCUCCUCAGUCCCUGCAUCAACCCAGGCCCCUGUCUCUGCCCCAGCUAAGGCAACUGCCCCAUCGUCUACACCUGCCCCAGCUAAGGCUGCCCCUGCAUCAUCUAAGGCCACCCCUGCAUCAGCGAAGUCUGCACCUGCAUCAGCUAAGUCUGCUCCUGCCCCUGCAUCAGGCAAGUCUGCUCCGGCAUCAGCCAAAUCUGCCCCUUCCACUGCUCCUGCAUCAGCUAAGUCUGUCCCUGCCCCAGCCAAAUCUGCCCCAACACCAGCGAAGGCUGCAGCAGUCCCAGCCAAGUCUACACCAGCUCCAUCCAAGAUGGCCCCAGUGCUGGAGGCUGUCACUAAAGAUGUCCCAGUGAUGGCAGUGCCCCCUGUGGGAUCACAGCAGGCUCCUGCUGUUGCAGCAAAGGCACAGGAGCCCAAGAAGAAGUCCUCCAAGAAAAAGACUGAGCCUGUGGCAGCGGUGGAUUCUGCUGAUGCUCCGCUGUACCUUCCCUACAAGGCUCUGGUAUCCACUAUCAGUAGCAUGGUGUUCAGUGAGGGAGAGGCUCACAGGCUCAUCGAAAUCCUGUCUGAGAAGGUUGGCAUCAUUCAGGACACCUGGCACAUGGCCACUCAGAAAGGAGACCCAGUGGCUGUGCUGAAGAAACAACUGGAGGAGAGGGAGAAACAGCUGGCGGCAGAACAAGAGGACGCUUCUGCAGCAAAGAACCGUCUGAGAGAACUCAACAAGGAGCUGUCUGCUGAGAAGUCCAAGGUGGCCAGUGUUGAGACGAGGCUGAGUUCCCAGCUGAGUAAGAGGGAACAAGAAAUGAUUGCUCUGCAAGCUCGCAUGCAGGCCAGUUACCAGGACCAUGUUGCCCAGACCCAGAGGCUCAAUGGAAAGAUCCUCAGCCUGCAGGACCAGCUGGAAAAAGGUCCCAAUGCUCAACUUGCACGUCUACAGCAGGAGAACUCUAUUCUCCGCGAUGCCCUCAACCAAGCCACUAGUCAGGCUGAGAGCAAACAAAAUGCGGAGCUGGCCAAACUGCGUCAGGAAUGCACAAAGUUAACCAAGGAACUUGGAGAGAAGACAGAGAGUCUCCUUGCUGAUGAGCAGAUCAGGAAAGGACUGGAGGCCAAGGUCUCCGCUGCUGAGAAGCAAGUCACCCUGCUGCAGACCAGCCACACAGAGAGUGAUCAGGCGUUACAGAGGAGGCUGGAGGAGGCGUGCGAGGAGCUCAGAACAACACAGAGUAGAAACAGCAGUCUGCAGGCUACCUUGGACAAGGCCCAACAAGACAGCAGCACACUCUCAGAAUUCCAAGCACGUACAGGGAAAUUGGAGGCUGAAAUUAAGGAGCGCUCUGCUCAGGUAGAUGCCCUGACUGCCCAGCUGGAGGAAACACAGGCAGAGAAAAGCCAGCUUGUACAGCAGGUGGCCUCCAUCAACUCACUGCUGGAAGCCAGUCAGAACAAAAAGGAGGAGGUGGAUAACAUACAGGUGAAUGGUGCAGAACUGGAACAACUAAAGCUCAGCCUUCAGGAGAGAGACAGCAAGCUGAACGCGCUUCAUGAGGAACUGAAGCAACUGCAGAUGAAGCAGGAAGCUGCAGAGAACACUAUUGUUGAGCUUGAGCAAAGAAAUAAGAGUGAGGAUGACAGCCUUAUCACGUCACUUCAGGAUGAACUUAAAAACCUCAAGGAAGAGAUGGUGCAACUUAAGAGCACACCGCAAUCAGAUAGCGCCGCAGAGCUCGGACAGCUACAGAACAGUCUGACUGAGAAGGAUGCCCUUGUCACAUCACUACAAGAGCAGCUGAGAGAAAAGAUGACCACUGAUGCACAGAACACUAUGGCACAACUGACAGCUUUACAAACUGAAACCAAAGAGACUCUCCAGACACUCUUCCCACAGAUACCCCUAGAGACAGAGCAGUCCAACUGGUUACAAGUAUUUACACAGAAAGCUCAGGAGGCUCUCAGCCAGCAGAGCCAAGAGUCCCAGUCAAGCACAGCGUCACCGGAGUUGCUUGAGAAACUGAAGGAGGCUGAGGAGAGCCAUGGCUCCCUGCAGGCUGAAUGUGAACAGUACAGGACAGUCCUGGCUGAAACGGAAGGAAUGCUGAAACAUCUGCAGAAGAGUGUGGAAGAGGAGGAGCUGGUCUGGAAGUCCAAGAUGGCUAACUCAGAGGAACAGCUGAGGGUGGCUUUGGAGAAAGUCAGCAAGCUGGAAGCAGAAAACCAAAGUGUAGAACAGUUGAAGGAGCAGAUGAUGCUUCUGGAAGCCCAGCUGGAGAAGCAGUCAGACAACCAGGGGACCUCAGAGGGGGAGGAGCAGCUGAAGCUGCAGCUGUCAGAGUGUCAGACCCAGCUGGAUUUGGCCCAGAAGGAAUCCCAGGCACAGAAGGAGGAGCUGGCACAGGUCAGAGAGCAGCUGGGCGAGAUCACGAUGCGGGCUCAGCGCGAACAGAAUGGCCCAGCUGAGGCUCAACCCAGUCAGGUCCAGAAUGAGUUGAGUCAGACAUCUGAGAAGCUGCAGGGCGAGGCAGCUCAGAGGCAGCAGCUCUCAGAAGAGUUUGAGCAGGCCCAGAAAACUGUCACAGAACUUCAGGCUCAGCUGGAUCUUGUGAAAGCUUCUGGAGAGUCACCACAAACUGACACAGAGGAUGUUGCUCAGCUCAAGGAGCGCCUGGAGAAGGAGAAGAAGCUGUCCAAAGACUUGGGCCAGGCAGCCACCAAGCUCCAGCAGCUUCUCAAAGCCACUCAGGAGCAGCUGACCAAAGAGAGGGACACCGUGAGAACACUACAGGAGCACCUGGAAGGCAAGGGAGAUUAUGUCGAGCUGAAGGAAGGAACGUCCGUCUGACAGGAAGUUUACUGCGGACACUACACAAAACUGCCAAAUAUGCCUUAUGAUUACCAUAGUUAUGCAUUCCAAAACAAUUUCUUUCUUGUACUGUAGUAUAUUGCAUUUGUUGCAACUGUAGGAAUCAUGUUUGAUAAUAUGUACAUUUCAAAAUAAGAUUAGAGGAGAGAAUCCUGCUGCGAUCUUUACUGAAACGCAUUCCAUCAGCGAUUCUGGCUAUGUCAGAAGUUACUUAUCCCCUGCCUUAUAUUCCAAACAUUUCCCCAUAGUUCAGUGUUAAAAGGGAAACCGAUUGUACGUCAAACGUACAUCAACCUGUGCAAUUACUUUGUAUGUCUUUUCUAUGUGGUUGAAUGAUGGAGACAUUUUAUGGUUCAAUGAUGCAGUACCUUUGUGGGCCUGCUUUCCUCCGUAGCUGGCUGCCAGUAACACACAUCAAAUUUGAAUUUGUAUGAAUGAAUAAACUACAGUGUCACUCUGUCAUUCCUGA